AUGGCUCCUCGCUGUCCUCCUCGCGGCAUUUACGCCCCCGUCGUAGCCUUCUUCCACGAAGACGAGACCCUCGACCUCGAGGCCCUCAAGACGCACGUCGAGCGCCUGUCAAAGUCAGGCGCGGCCGGACUCGUCAUCCAGGGCUCCAACGGCGAGGCGCCGCACCUGCUCCACUCGGAGAGGCAACAGGUAAUCGGCACGGCGGCCGCGGUGCUGAAGCAGCACGGCCGGGCGGACGCCGUCAUCAUCGCCGGCUGCGGAGCGCAGAGCACGCGGGAGACGAUCCAAUUGUGCAGCGAGGCCAAGGAGUCCGGUGCGGAUUAUGCGCUUGUGCUGUCGCCGAGCUACUGGACCGGGGCAAUGCAGAAGCCCGUCAUCCAAAAGUUCUUCGACGACGUCGCGACGGCUUCGCCCAUCCCGAUUCUGCUCUACAACUUCCCCGCCGUCACGUCCGGCAUCGACCUCGACUCAGACCUCAUCGCCGCGCUGGCGGCGUCGAAUGACAAGAUCGUCGGCUGCAAGCUGACGUGCGGAAACCUGGGCAAGUUGCACCGCGUCGCGCACGACGAGAAGAUUCCCAAGCCGUUUGCCGCGUUCGCCGGAAAGUCUGAUUUCUUCCUGCACGGCUUGGUGGCCGGGUCGAACGGAGUGAUUGCGGCGGCGGCCAACUUCACGCCCAAGGUGCAUGUCAAGCUGCUGGAGCUGUACGACGAGGGCAAGCUGAAGGAAGCGCAAGAGCUGCAGACCAAGUUGAGCCAGGCGGAUUGGGUGCUGGUUCAAUUGGGCGUUGCCGGACUCAAAGCGGCAUUGGAUAGGUAUUUCGGAUAUGGCGGAGGCAGAAGCAGGCGGCCGCUUGGUAUGGUUGCGAGCGCCAAGUUUGAGGGAGAAAAGGACGCUGUGCUGAAGGGUUUGGUGGAAUUGGAAAGCUCCCUGUAA